CUUUUUUACUUGAAAUAUUUAUUAUUUUCAUAUUAUGUUACAAUCGGAUAUCAAUCAAAGUAAUUGCAAUUGCAAUUUCGACUAUACUUUGCCAUCUUUUUGGUAAAAGCUGGAUCCCUUGUCGAUAGAAGGGCUUCUCUUUUGAGGUGAUCCAAUCAUCGAUCCAUUUUCAAAGUUCCUCGAGAGAUUGGCAAAAUGCGUGUCUUGUAGUAUUAUUGUAUGCAAUUGUAUGCAAAUUGUAGCAUUAACCGUUUCACUGGGAUUUAGAAAUUCAUGAUACACCACGCCUUCCAUGUCUCACCAAAUGCAUAGCAUUAUCUUUUUUCCAUGGAUAUUCCGUUUUGGUGUCGAUGUUGGAAAUUGUUCGGGGUCCACCCACGAUUUCCUCUGUUUCGGGUUUCCGUAGUAGAUCCAGUUUUCGUUCCCAGUUACUUCCCCCUAUGCUUAGGAAGCAAGGAAAUGCAAAUGCCAAGCGAUUCAUUCAACUUUCAGCUUUCUGACAAUCAACAAGGCAUCCCAUUUUCCUUUCUUGUAGAUUUUCCCUGGGUCAUGUAGCCGUCUCGACACGGUCGAUAUGCCGACUCCGAGGACUACUGACAAUUUUUUAAGCGUCUUGUCCCGGAUUUCCAUCCAAUAACUCCUACAGUUCCUCAUCGUCAAAUUUUUUCGGCAGCCCUGAGCGUUUCUUGUCUUGAGUUUCAAUAUCACCUUGUUUGAAACGUUGCAUCCAUUUUCUGCACGUUCUUUCCGAAAGAGCGGCUUCACUAUAAAUGCCCAGAAUCAAUUGAUAAGCUUCAGCUGCACUCUUUUGCAUAUUAAAUGAUGAAACCAUUUCGGAGAAAUAUUUUAUUGCGUUCGAUAUUCGCCUCGAUUUUUAUCAGCUUUUUCUAUGCGCAUGAGCGACACCUGUUGACUGUGCAAAUAACAAAAUGUUCAACCUCUAAAACCUAACGGCUACAGCAUGAAUUAAAGCAACAUCCGUUUCAGAGUCAUCUGUCCCCAGCGGCACGAAUUAAUGCGAUCUACUAAUAAUAUUAUUACGUACGAAGGUUACUCGUUGAAAAAUCGUGUACUAAUGGAGAAGCCUGAUGUAUCGUUUAACUACAAAUAUAUUUUGUUAGCAAACAGAGAUUACAGUAUUAAUCCUAUAAUUUGUUCAACUUCUAAAACAUACAAGAAUAACGAAAUCAAGGAUGACUGUAUAUUGAUAAAGGUUCGAGAAAUAGAUACAAAUAUGGAUGGUAGAAAGGACAUUUUAAAGUUUGAAGCACACUUUUAUACCGACGAACCUAUAAGAUCUCUUAAACUUUUACUUUUUUUCAAUUUCCAACUAAAGCAGUUAGUGGAGACGACGAUAGAAUCCAUUGCAUAUUUUACUCAUACGUUAAACGAAGAGGCGCAGAAAGUAUGUUUCUACGGUGACUUGAUAUUGCAACAAAAGAGCGUGAUCACUGGCGAAGGUUUAUAUCAAACGUAUAAUCACAGUAUAGAAAUUGCUGACUAUUCCAUAGAUGAAUUACUUAUGGAAAAUUUUAAGAGGAAAUUUGCAGCUAAAAUAAGCGAUAAAUAUGUAAUGGAACAGUCGGGUUAUUCGAGCGAAAACGUAGUAGUUAUCCAAGGAGAACUAGUUUAUAGGGAUUAUUUAAUUCAUUAUCAACCUAGUAUUUGGGAAGAAUUGAAAUGGAUAUGGGUUCAAUAUUUAUCAUGCUUUCUGGUAUUUGCUUACGUAACUAAGCAUGUGUUGGUUUUCUUAUUUUCAAAUCGAUAUUUAAAUUGUUAUAUUAUAAAACCGUGGAAGAGUAAAUAGUAUCUGCAAGAAUAAGUAGAAGUAUAAUUUAAUUUAAUUUAAUUUAAUUUAAUUUAAUUGCGUUAAGCGAGUGAAUGUUAAAAAUACUGAAAUUUACGACACAUUAGUAUCUAUAUAUUAUAUCUUUUUAUACGAGUGUUUUUUAUAGCGUUUAAAAGUUCUUUAAAAUAUCAGGAGAUGAUAAUUAAUUUUAUUGGUAAAUUAUCGCUACACGCUGAAUUAUCUACUACAUUGCACUAGUCUAGAUAAGAUUUUUAAUUUAUGUACCAUUUUCAUGUUGUACUAAAAGGUUGACCAGUUACAAUCUGCCCCUAUGUAAUCUAAUAUUUGCCAAUAUGAUACGCGUAAAUUGGAUCGAUAUUAAGUUAUUAAAUUUACUUGCAUUAAACAGGGCCGCAGAUUGUAUAAAUUCGUAAGGCUAUAUAGCGAAUAAAUUAUAAUAUUGUAUAAAUCGAAUCACGCGUGAUGGAUUCUCAAUUUUAUUUAUACUGUAUAACUUGGUUGUAAUACGAUAGCUUUAUUAUACAAUGAAAUUUGUUUUAAAGGAAAAAUUAGGAAUGCCGUGUACCAUUUCAUCGUGUCGUGCAAAGGAUCAGAAAUUUUGUUGCGCUUAUUUUAUCGUUUAGUUUUUUAUGCAGUUCUAUCAUCUAAUAUGGUAGAUCAUUAUCUUUCGUUGCGAUCGACUUUUCUUGGAUCGAAUAUAUUUCCUUCUUGGAUACUCGUUUCUUUUCUAUAGAUGAUAGCUUAAGGUAUCGCUAGAAAGCACUAUACGGUUUAUAACGCGGUUCCGCACGAAUAAAUAUUUAUCGAUCGCGCGAUAUAUUUUAAACACGCGUAAAACAAUAACAAAUGUAUUUUAAAAUUUGUAGUCAAUUAGAAACUUAUCUAACUAAC